CUUCCGUAUCCAGAAACUGAGACUACACAUUUCGUUUUUAAUCUUCGCCUUCAAAAACCCACAUUUCACAUCUUACAUAUCGAAAAUCAGGACAACCCAUUUCGUUUGAUCUUCAUUUCCAACAGCCCUUCAAUCCCUUUUAUUUAAAACGCGGAGAAAGAGAGGGAAUUUGGGUUAAUGGGCGCUUACAGGGCAGAUGAUGACUACGACUACUUGUUCAAGGUGGUGUUAAUAGGUGACUCUGGGGUUGGAAAAUCCAAUCUUUUGUCAAGAUUCACGAGAAAUGAAUUCAGCCUCGAAUCUAAAUCCACCAUCGGUGUUGAGUUCGCCACCCGCAGCAUCCAUGUCGAUGACAAGGUCGUCAAGGCCCAGAUUUGGGAUACUGCUGGCCAGGAAAGAUAUCGUGCGAUCACUAGUGCAUACUACAGAGGAGCUGUUGGUGCCUUGCUUGUCUAUGAUGUCACUCGACAUGUCACCUUUGAGAAUGUGGAGAGAUGGUUGAAGGAGCUUAGAGAUCAUACUGAUUCCAACAUUGUUAUCAUGCUUGUGGGAAACAAGGCUGAUUUGAGGCACUUGCGUGCAGUUACAACUGAGGAUGCCAAGGCAUUUGCUGAGAGAGAAAACACUUUCUUUAUGGAAACCUCUGCCCUAGAGUCCUUGAAUGUUGAAAAUGCCUUCACUGAAGUACUAACUCAGAUCUAUCGUGUGGUCAGCCGGAAGGCUCUUGAUGUUGGGGAUGACCCAGCAGCCUUGCCUAAGGGUCAGACUAUUAAUAUUGGCAAAGAUGAUGUAUCAGCUAUGAAAAAAGUUGGUUGCUGCUCAGCAUAAUUGGAAAAAAAGAAGCCUUGGUGUUAUUAGUAGUUUCUCCUUUUAAAGAUAUGCAUUUCAGUGGUUUGAAGAUGUCUCUAUUUCUCUCAAACUUGCAAAAGAAGCCAUCUGGAGUGCUCACAUAAGGCAUUUGUAGUUUGAUGGCGUGCUUAGAGAUUAGCAAAUUUUAAGUUGAGAGACAACUUAAGGGUUCAGAUUCAAUAGGCUGUCACAUUUGGCUGGCAUUUCUGUUACUUGUUAUUCUUUUGUAUGUUUGUUUCCAUGGGUGUUGUUGUAAUCCUUUGACAGAUCCAACCCUCUAGAUCAGGUUAUAUUUUAUUGCUCAUAUUUGGAAAAUAUGUCGAGAUAAUGGUGUCUUUACAGGAUUGAUUAAUCGAUUUGCUUGCCCUGAUUUAUAA